UCGGCGCGGAAAACAAAUCUGUCGGCGGUUUGUUUUCGUUACUAAGCGGCUCAGAGCCGAGUUCCUAGUGCUUCUCUCACUCUGAACUUCUUUACACUUUCUGUACAGAUUCGGAUAUUUCAGUACAGCUCGCAGAUAGACGGCUAUUCAGUUCAAAGUGAAUAAAACCGGGAAGUUUGCCUGGUUUUAGCUCUUAGAAACCCGAGAACACCUGAUACGGAGCCGGGGAGCGUUAGUUAGCCAGGUAGCUAAUGCUAACUCCACAACAACCGCCACCUGUAACUCAGCUCUCCUUAUAAAAACACAUAUAUAAUAUAAGUAAAAUAUCUGCUUAUAUUUACUGUGACUCUGUUUAUUGUAAUGUUAAACAUUAGCCAGUGAGUUUAUCGGCUGGGUGUGUGGACUAUCUGCUCUUUCUCUGUGUAUAAAGAAAAGGAGCUGCGCUAUGGAUGAUCCAUCCCUCCAGAGAAACUUUAAAGGGCACAGAGACACAGUAACCAGCAUCGACUUCAACUGUAACAUGAAGCAGAUAGUGACGGGUGCUAUGGAUUCCUGCGUGAUGAUCUGGAACCUAAAGCCUCAGAUGAGGGCCUACAGGUUUGUGGGACAUAAGGACGCAGUGAUGUCGGUCCAGUUCUCCCCGUCUGGACGUCUGGUGGCCUCGGCGUCCAGAGAUAAAACAGUCCGUCUCUGGGUUCCCGGUGUGAAAGGGGAAUCCACAGUGUUCAGAGCUCACACCGGAACCGUCCGGAGCAUCAACUUCUCCAGCGACGGUCAGUCAUUGGUGACCGCCUCCGACGACAAAACCGUAAAAGUGUGGACGGUCCAUCGGCAGAAGUUCCUCUUCUCCCUCUGCCAGCACAUUAACUGGGUGCGAUGUGCAAAGUUUUCUCCGGACGGGCGGUUGAUUGUAUCUGCCAGCGAUGACAGAACAGUGAAGAUCUGGGACAAAAAUAGCAGAGAGUGCAUUCACUCCUUCUGUGAACACAGCGGGUUUGUGAAUUGUGCUGACUUCCACCCCAGUGGUACCUGCAUAGCAGCCGGUGGCACAGACAACACUGUGAAGGUGUGGGACAUCCGAACCAACAAACUCCUACAGCAUUAUCAAGUGCACAGCGCAGUGGUGAACUCGCUGUCCUUCCAUUCCUCUGGAAAUUACCUCAUCACAGCUUCCAAUGACUCUACACUGAAGAUCCUGGACCUAGUGGAGGGCAGGCUGCUCUACACACUGCACGGACAUCAGGGUCCGGCGACAUGCGUGGCGUUUUCACAGACGGGGGAUCACUUUGCGUCCGGUGGAUCUGAUGAACAGGUGAUGCUUUGGCGGACAAACUUUGAUGGCACAGAUUACCGUGAAGUGCUCAGGUUGCAGAAGAAAACCACCAGCGAGGAACCUGACACUUUCAGCACUCAUAACCCGGCACAGGUUCCACAGGAGUCCACUGAGCUCUCCCACAGCAGACGUUCAGGUCGAGACCGCAGUACCAGUCAGGACAGCCACACCUCUCAGGGAUCCUCUACACAGUUCCUCCCGGAUCAGGAACAGCCUCGGGCGGCCAGACCGGAUGGCGGAGUUUCUGCUGCACUGGCCAAUACCCUGGAGCACAUAGUGGGUCAGCUUGAUGUCCUCACUCAGACGGUGGGAAUGUUGGAGCAGAGGAUGACGCUGGCGGAGAAUAAGCUGAAGGAGUGUCUCCUUAAUCAGCGGGAAAUCAACCUGCACCUUCAGAACUGACGCAGAGAACAGGGCGGGUCCAAGCCAACUGUCUGCUCCUCCUGUACUGCUACUCCUCUCUGUCCCACAUCUUCUUAUUUAUCAUCUCUUAGGACUGACCCGUCCCUCUGCUGGAGCGUCGAUUACCUCUCACAUUCACAACAAACAGAGAAAGUGAGAAAGAGAGAGAGCGAGAGAGCGCUGGAUGAGUGGACAGAUUUAUUGAUUAGUUCAUAUGAGCGAUAUCCUCGUCCAUUCAUGUCCAGCAGCUGCAAAAAAAAAAAAACCUACAGAACUCAGAACCUUUGAGUUUUUGGGUCAGUUACAGUUCUGAUAAGUCUAGUUAUAACUAGUCUAAAUUA